AUGGGCGACGACAUCGGCCUCGGGAACUUUUUCCCUUUCCACCUGUGCCAGCGGAGCCAGCUAUCCGCCCGGGCACGCCUGGUUACCUUCGUCGGCGACUACUGCGACGUGCGGGAGUCCAGGAGAGGGCAAAUGAAUCCGAGUCUCGCCCAGCUUACGUCUCAGAGCUCCGUCCUCCGGAGGGUGGGGCAGCUGCCAUACAACGAAUCCUUGUACACCAGGCACGGGGCCUUCAAUGAGCUCAUGCCCACUGUGAUCGACUACGCGGGAGUCGAUCAAGCCACUGCCGUCAGACCUUACCAACGCUCUCUGGUAUCCAUACCCGUAGCUGGUGCGUCCCCAGUGCCGCUCAGUGCCGCGUGCGGGAGGCCGGAGAGGACUUUGUUGGAGCGGUCGGAUGAAUUCAUGCUGUCAGACCCAGAUGACGUUGGAUGGCAGAUGGAGUCAGGUACGCCUCAACAGCUCUACAUGGACGAGGUGCUGCGCAAAGAUCGGUCAGCUUACGUUGGCUUCAUCGCAGACGUCCUGGGUGCUGGGCUGGUGGACUUCUCUGUCACCCCAAAGGAGAUAUGCACACCGUUCUUCGUCGAGAAGAAGAACAAGAAUCUUCGGCUCAUCCUGGAUUGCAGGUGGUCGAACUUGCACUUCCGCCCAGCGCCCAGCCUCGAUAUGGGGACGGGCGCGGCCUGGGCCCGCGUCGAGCGGCCCGCUGGCGACCAUGACCUAUACUUCGCCGGGGCCGACGUCAAGGAUUAUUUCCACAGCCUCGAGAACUCCGCCGAGCUCAAGGAUUACUUCUGCCACCCCUCCCUGACCUUGGAGGAGUUUGAGAGGGGCUUCGUAGAUUGGCCCGGGGCCGAGGAGGUGCUGUCAAUGGCGCGCCGCUCCGGCCUUCGGGAAGUGUGGCCGAGGGCUGUCACCGUCCCAAUGGGAUGGUCCUGGGCGUUCUUCCUGGGGCAGAAGGUUUUGGAGAACCAGAUUUCCGUGGCCCUCCAGGGGCGGCCCCACGGGCAGCUCCGCGACGCCGGGCCACUCCCUGACAUCCUGGGCGGGGUGGGCGUUUUGCCGUACUGCGACAACCUCAACGUGUACGGCGUAAGUCGCGAGGAGGUGCAGCAGGCCAAGAAUUUGGUAGUGGGCCAGCUUCGCCGCGUCGGCUUCAGGCUGGACGGCGCCCGCUGGCUGGCCAUGAACAAGCCGGAGCGGGCGGCUCGCCUGCAGCGGGCGUGCCGGAAUUUAGAAGGCUGCCGUCGAGUGACUGGUCACAUGGUCAGGCGGUGGCUCGGCCAUGUCGUGGAUCACUUCCUCAUCAUGCGGGAAGGUUUGUCGUGCCUCAGGAGCUGCUACGACUUCGUGGAGAAGGUCGGCGGGCAGUGGGCCGAGCCUUGGGCCUCUGUCAGGAAGGAGGCGAGGUGGGUGAGGGUGCUCACUUACCUCUGCGCGGCCGAGCUGCCCCGCGAAUGGCACCCUGAGGUCCUUUGCACUGACGCCUGCGAGAGCGGGAUUGGCGUUGCUAGUCGCGUGAUUCCAGUGCAGGAGGUCGCGAAGAUCGGUUGCAUAUCAGAGCGUUGGGACCUCGAUACCGUGAUCCCCAUGGGCCCCGGGGGCGAGUUGGAGAUGCUCGAGGGAAACAAUAACUUCCAAGAGGGCGCCGCGGGGGCCCCGCCUGGCGCCGGCCGCCGAAGCCGCCCGGCCUUGGCGCUGACGCAGCGCAGCCAGGGGGCGGGCCCCGCGGUCCACAGGGGCCUCCGCAGGGCGCAGCCGCCAGCGCGGCCGGCCAGCCAGGUGGCCACGAGGCGGGCUACCACGCUGCCCCGCAACACGGCCCGCCCCCUGGUCUCGGGGGAGACCCGGGAGGAGCGGCGCGAGAAGCGGGCGCGGGUAUUGCCCCCGUUCCAACCGAGAGAGACCAGCGACCAGCUUUCCAUGUUGGAGUCGCACGCUGUCACGGAGCGGACGCUGGCGCUCUACGAGAGCUGGUGGAAGGAUCUCCAGGAUUUCGUGCAGUCGAUGGGGGCGUACACGCUGGACACCGUGCAGAAUGCAGAUUCUGCCAUGGUGGACUUCGCGGACUUCUUGUUCAUGGAGGGGUUCGAGGUCGCGGACAUCUGGAAGGCGUACGCGGCGGUCGUGUGGCACCUUGUCGACCUCUCGCCAUGGUGCCGGCUCCGGCUCCCAAGGUUCGCGCGGGCCAUGAGGGGGGCGCGCCAUCUCGACCCCGGCCUUGGGCGGAUCGCGUGCGUCGCCUGGAUCACGAUGUUCACCGCCUACCUCCGGCCAGCAGACCUUCAUGCGCUGCGGGGCGAGGAUCUGGCGGCCCCUGCGGGGUCCAGCCAGUGGUGGGCCCUCAACCUGCACCCGGCUGGGCGCGGCGACGAGUCGAAGGUCGGCCUGAGCGACGAGAGCUUGCUGUUGGACGCGCCGUACCUCCCAGGCCUCGGCGCAGCGUUGGCCGCGCUGGCGACGGACCGCGAGGGCGAGAAGCUUUUCGACAUCUCGCCGGCGGAGCUGCUGAGGCUGUGGAACCUCGCCCUCGUCGGCAUCGGGCUCCCCGCCAGGCAGAGGUACGUGCAGUACCAGCUGCGCCACGGCGGACCCAGCCAUGACCGCCUGACGAAGACCCGAAGCGUGAAGGAGGUGUGGCGGAGGGGUCGCUGGGCGAGCGCCAAGUCUGUCAAAAGAUACGAGGCCAGCGCGCGGGUGCAACAGGAGAUGCAGAGGCUUCCAGCCGCCGUGCGCGCCUACGUCGAGCGGGCGCUCGUGGAGGCCGGCAGGGCGCUGGUGCCCGGAGGUGUGCUGGCAGUGGAGGGGCUCAACGACAUGCACGGCCGCCCCGAGGUGCAGGAGGCGUUCCACCGCUUCGUGCAGGGCGAGGCGGCGGGUCCCGAUGGGGUCCCCGGCGGGGGUCGGCGGUGGUGCCCGUUCCUGCGGAUAGGCACCGUGGUGCUGCUGUCGCGGCCGCCGCACGCCGACGCGUACCGGGAGGUCCCGGACCCCGAGGAACAGCACCCGGAUCUGGAGAACUCACACCGUCGGAGGUCGGAGCUCUGGGCCCCCCCUGUCGUCCGGCCCAGUCAUCAACGAGGAGCACGAGAAGCGCAUGUACGGCUGCAGCCUGCUCAUCGCGGGUUCCGUCCAGGUCCCCGAGGGCUCGCUGCGGGCCCUCUACGCGCGCGAGGCGCUGCCGAGCACGCCGUCCCUGUGGGCGCUGGUGGCGGAGCAGCAGGCGCGGAGGGCCGCGGCUGCACCGCGGCGGGAGCGCCGCGGCAUGAGCAUCGCGGCAA